CAGACUUUUAGCCAGUUGGACUGCGUGUGGCUGAAAGCUGGGCGGUACAGACAGAGGCAAGAAGUCCACAGAGAGUGCAAAUAAAGCUCAGCUCACUUCCCUGCUUCCAAGCACAGACAAGAUUCUACAUUCACGUGCCAGUUUUGUACUGAGCACCAGGGAAACUUUCCAAUGCUGUCAGAUCAAGACAAGUAUUUACAUGGUCUUAAAUUUGGACACUGGGAAGAAAACAUGUUAAAUUCAACACAUAUUCUAUCCGCAUAUGAUGAUAAUAACAGCUGCAGUAUUGAUGAUUUCCGUAACAAAGUCUACUCAACAGCUUAUUCCAUGUUCACUUUGUUUGGCCUUUUUGGAAACAGUUUUGCUUUAUUUGUCCUACUAAAGACCUACAGACAAAGAACUGCCUUCCAUAUCUACAUGAUAAACCUGGCCGUUUCAGAUCUUCUUUUUAUUUGCACUCUUCCAUUUCGAAUUGUAUAUUAUGUCAGCAAGGGAAGAUGGUACUUUGGGAAUUUUUUAUGCAGGAUUAGUUCCUAUGUUUUCUACGUGAACUUAUAUUGCAGCAUAUUUAUUCUAACAGCAAUGAGUAUUACGCGAUUUCUCGCAAUAGUUUUUCCUGUCAGAAAUUUAAAGCUAGUGUCCAUUAAAAGAGCCAAGUGGGCUUGUGCAGGGAUAUGGAUUUUUGUUACUGUAACCAGCUCCCCAUUUCUGAUGACUGGAUCCUAUACAGUUGACAACAUGACAAAAUGCUUUGAGCCCCCGCCUUCCAACGAGGCAAAGAUAAUGGUCAUCGUCCUCAAUUAUAUUUCCCUUGUCUUUGGCUUCAUCAUUCCAUUUGCCAUAAUUUUGGUCUGCUAUACCAUGAUCAUAAAGACACUGCUGAAAAACUCCAUGAAAAAGCAACAAGAAUCCCGUAAAAAGGCAAUUCGAAUGAUCAUCAUUGUUAUGGCCGUGUUCUUUCUAAGCUUCAUGCCAUACCAUAUCCAGCGCACUAUACACCUUCAUUUUCUGAAAGGAAAUAAGAACUGUAAAGAAAGUCUACAUAUGCAAAAGACAGUUGUCAUAACCCUUGCACUCGCAGCAUCCAACUGUUGCUUUGAUCCACUGCUUUACUUCUUUUCAGGAGAAAACUUCAGGAGGAGGCUUUCCACCUUCAGAAAGCAGUCAGUAACCAGUAUGGCUCAUGAGGGUAAAAGAAAGAAAUCAGCUAGCUCACCUGAGAAAAGUGAAAUGAUUCCAGAGCUGGAGAAACAAGACAGCAAUGAAAGCUAAAAUGGCACUUGGGCUGUAAAAGUCUUCUGUAAGAAAUACAGAAUACAAACUAUGGACUCUCACUGAGAAAUCUGGUAAAAAAAAAUCAAUUAGGGUUUUGUAAAAAAGAAAAACAUGCACAUUUGAGUCUGUUCUGUUGAAUGUUCUAGUGAAAGAUAUUUCAAAUGUAAACGAUGACAACAAAUAUGGUACGGAAAUUGUCACAUUCUCUAGGCAUUACAUUCCAUGUUCAUGCAAGGACACAAAAAUAGGAGUAAAAUUAUAAUUUGCUACUGACAGACAAAGGCAUGCUACUGACUUAAGAAACACUCCUAGUACCGACUUCAGAUUUGGACUCCCAAGUUUCCUGAACCUAUAGCUGGCCAUGCAUUUAAAGAUCAUACUGAGGCUGUAAGGAGACCUGUUGGACAAGGGGAAUCCAGCUACGAAAUAGUUCUUCUUUUUCUGCAUCAUUUGAAAUCCUGGCAGGGGAGGAGCAACUAAAAGCUGAUGUUAAAAAUUGUAACAAGCUUUUAGACAGCAAGCACAAACUAAAUAACCCACAAUGCAUUGCACUACAAUGUUACUUUCCUUAAUGGCAUCAUGUGUGAAGGGAAUUGUGGGAUUUGGAGGAUGCAGGCUGAAGUCAGGCUGAGGACAGUCUACUUACAUUUUUUUUUGAGUCUCAAAGCAGUCAAGUGAACAGGAGAACAUAUUGCAAAGUUGCUUCAAAAUUAUGUUUUUCAGAAAGCCUAAGUUGUGUUUUGGUGGUGUUCCCCUUUAAUGAUGUUUAGAAAUAGCUUUUAGAUUUAUAUCUAUGUGUUUUAUUAUCUAAAGACAAAUAUUAUGUAUGUUCCAUUGCCUCUGUGUGAUGCACUGUUUUACUGUAUAUUGUUAUGUACUGUAUAUACAUGUAAGUAUACAACUAUAUUAGGGAUGUUCCAAAUAAGAGUAUUGGUUCUGGUUCUGAUUUAGUGCCUGGCUAACCUAAAUCCGAAACACUUGACUUUUUGUCACAUGAACUCAAAAUUUGAAACCAUACUACUGUGUGCGCAGCAUUCUCUUUAGCCUUUUUCUUUUAGCCUUCCUCAGUUUGGAUUUGUUUAAUUGACUAUUAUAUGUCAAUGGAGUGAGGGGGUGGCAGGAAACUGACAGUGUUGGUUUAAUAACUAUUUAUGGCACUAACAGUAUAUUAUAGAAUACAAUUUUUCCAAUAUGGCACAUUGAGAACAUUGAACAUUAAAAGAAAAGCUUAGAUGGGAAGCAAAAAGGUUUUUUUUUUAACCUUGAGAACAAAGAAAUGCAUAUAUACAAAUGCUGUUUCUAUGUAAUGUAGUAUGUAUUUGUAUUUGCUAAGCAAAGGUCAGUAUUAAUUCUUCUUAAUUAAUCCUUCACUGUCCAGAAUCCACCAGGGCUGCCCCCAGCCAACUUUUUUGUACCCCUCCCUCUUCUACUGCGUACCGCACUUCCUCCUCGCGGCUGUGAUGGGAGGGAGAGUGUGGCGGUUACCGGGGGGGCAGUCUGACACUGUCAGUGAUUAUCACCCCUGCCUUGGAGUGCUGGGGUCCUCAGUUCAGUUCUGGCUGAGCAUUAUCUGCAUGCAAUCUUUUCUCUGCCUCUUUGUUUCCUUCAGGUACUCUGACAACCUCCAACACUCAUAGUGGCAGGUGAUGACAAUUGACCCUAGUGUAUAUUACAGAACAAUUAUAUUGUAAGCUCCACUGAGCACAUGAAGUGGUUGAUGUCAAACGCACUGCAGAUAUGUGUUGAUGCUCUACAAGAUAAACAAUAAAAAAUGGUUCCUGUU